AUGCCCGUCCGACGUAGGGAGCUCCCCACCUGGAGAGACUACGAUCCAGAAAUCGGCAUACCUCUUCCCUCAGGAGAACUCGAUCAAGCCACCAUAACCGAAAUCUUUGGCCCGGAUAUGCACUGUGACGAUGGGAACCACGUCCUGAGGUUGAUGCAUUAUCGAAGACUCUCAGGCAGUCUCAUUGACAUCGGCGUUGACUUUCCGAAAGAAUCGGGAAUCUCCUCUGAAAUGGCUACCAAGGCUUUGGGAUACAUCAGAACACUGGACCCAGCCUUUGAUGAGAACGAGGCUGGUGCUGUUUGGGCAGAAUCAGAGAUCAUGAAAGUGGAGCAACAGUAUAUGGCUCGUGCCGAGAGACUGGGUAUCUACAAGCGUACCGACGAUAGCCUGCCAGAUGAGCCACAGCAAUCCGCCGGCACUUCCGACAUAUACGGAGAAAGUGCUUUGGAUAAAUUGAGAAAAGCAAACAAAGCAAGAUGGAUGGAAGAGGAUCGAAAGAAGGAGGAAGCAAAGAAACAACAGGAAGCAGAACGAGUUGCUGCUCUGAAAGCUGAGGCCAAGGACAACUCGCCCGAAGUCGAAGCGAAAGAGGAGUCAGGAAAGAUCUUCAGUCCGUUCGACGAGAUUGCCCUAGCACAGCCUACUCAGAAGGCAUGGUUAGAACCUGUUGAACGCAAGCCUUGGGUCAAGUACUACGAAGAACAGGCAACCAUCAUCAAGGACAACAAGAUUCCUGACCUCUCCACUCUUCGCCGAUUGGGUCCCUCUGCUUUGGUUCUCUUGGCCGUCCUCGCUGGUUGCUGGAUGCUUGACGAGACGUACAACCCGCCUCCCCGAUCGGCGAGGAUGUUCCCUGAUGUACCGCCUGCUAUCGCUACACUUGGGGCCAUCACCGCCAUCAACCUUGCUGUAUUCGUUGCUUGGAGAAUCCCGCCUCUGUGGAGAACCAUGAACAAGACCUUCCAGGUCACAGCUGCAUAUCCUUUCGCUAUCGGAACCCUUGGUGCACAGUUCAGUCACCAGAGCUUCCGUCACCUGUUUGUCAACAUGGUUAUGCUGUGGCCUUUCGGUUGGAUCCUACAUGACGAUGUAGGAAGAGGCACCUUCUUAGCUGUGUACCUUGCCUGUGGUACAGUGGGCACUUAUGGCUCCUUAGCCUUCAACGUACUCGCCAAACGUUGGAUGAAUUACAGCUUCGGCUCAUCUACUGCCGUCAUCGGCACCAUGGCUGCAGCCUGUCUGGUCAGAGCAAACAACAAUGUGACAGUGCUCGGCUACGAGAUCCCAGACAUAACUGGUCUGACUGUCCUGGGCAUCAUCGCUGGGUUCGAGAUCCUGAGAGCCUGGCGCGGCAAGAACACCAGGACUGACUAUCCUGGACAUCUUUCCGGACUUGCAGCAGGCGUGUUCGCGGGCUUCUACGUCCGUUACAAGACUGCCGCCACCUCAAUGACUCGCAAAGAGUUCACGCCCGCGCAAUUUGAGGAGUCCACCAACUAG